CUUGUCUCCCGCAUCCAUACACACUCUCUGUUCAUAACUCUUGUACUAUUCUAUGGCUCACGCCCUCUCCAGUGUUGUGCAGCACUCCGUCUUGUAAUCGCCGAGCACCCGGAAACAGUCCCUAUCAUCUUCGCUGAUCACAUCAACUCUCCGCACACUCGGAGUAUCUAUCGUACGGCCCACUUGUUGGCCAUGUCCUCCACUCUUUUAUCCGAGUCUCCCCAGCGCAACUGGUGGCCUAUGUCCCCGAAGAUGUCUUCGUCGGAAUUCUCUUCCGACAGACCCUCCGCAAAGCAUCCCGGGAAAUUCAACACAUUCGCCACACCAAUGGGCUUCAAGCCCAAGAAGGCGCCGCCACCACCUCCGCUAACGAUCCAGGCCGUUCACUCCGGCCGGUCUCCCCUACCCCGCCUCGUUCCUCGCACCGAACCCUCUCACCGACGGCCUUCUACCGCACCCUCAAAUGGCAUGAACAGAGCCCCGUCCAAUUCCGUGUCGUCUUCGCGUUCGAGGGGAGAUUCUAUCGAGCCGAACACCCCGACGACACCAGAAGACGCACGGCAGGCUCGACGUGGAUCCUUGCUCACCCUUUCCGACACAGAUCCGUUUGCGGCGCGCGUGGUCUCUCUGAGUCCCAAUGAUCCUAAUCGGCUGUCUGCUUUCUCCAACAACUCCUCGGGGAACGACUCGAAGUCACACGAGAUUGCCAAUCGUGUGUCGUAUGCGUCCACGUCUUCUCAUUCGUUUCGUCUUGGAGGCGAUCUUUCUCCUCUGAGUGCCAUUUCAUCUCCCGAGUCGGGUUAUAUGAACCUCAGUAAUAAGAAGUCGACGAACAGUCUGAGGCGAAAGGACGUGUCCGGGAGCGAUGGGACCUGGUUGUCGAACCUGGGCGUCGAACCUAAUCGGUAUAGCCAGCCGGACCUACCGAAACCACGACCGAUGUUGCGAGCGCGAGGCAUGACGGACGCCAGCAUUGACCGUCCCUUUGGGAGGCAGAACUCCUUCAACUCAUCUCAUGCUUCAUCUUCCUCCCCAUUUUUGUCGACUACGACUCCACCGCCGCGCAAAUCAGCACUGUCACAACCAUCCGCUCCACCGACGCAUGAUUUACCGCCCCCGCCGUUAUCUCCUGCCGAUAGCAUGGACCUAGGGUCUUCGACGAGUAUGACAUUCUCAACAACCAUCAGCCAGAAGGUCAGGGCACCCCGACAAAUGUCUCCCAAGUCGCCGGACUACUACUACGGUGGAGAUAUGCGCAGCGGAAUCGAGCCGGAGAUGUCACCGCGCACGCAUCGUACGUUGCGGAAAUCGCUUUCGCAGCAGUCGAUGGGGAAGUUGAGGCAGUCGUCGAGCUCGAACAUUUCUGCGCCACCGCCAGAGCCAGCUGUUGCUAAGGCGCCACGGAAGCAGAGGUCUUUCCAUCAGCACCGUGCGAUACCACCGGUGCCGUUAUCGCUUCCACUUUCUGAGCAGCGUGCGAACGAACCUCGGAAGCGACUUUUUUCCAACAGUCGGCGGCCGUCGCAAUCCACGUUGGCGAUGGAUGACGCGCGGUCCCUGACGUCGCUCACCGAUUUGGAGCCGAUGAGCUCAGCGAACUCGUACUGGAUCGACACGGAGCCGCCGCGAAGUCCGGUUGUGUCUGUGCACGAAUACACGCCCCAGCAGAUUAUGUCACCGGCAGAGAUGUUCAAAAUAGACACGAGCGUGGACGAUGCGUAUCGCUGUCGACCGCGGGGCGAAUCCGUUGUGUCCGAGCUCGACCUCGGGUGCUCCCCUGUGUCUCGACCGCGGUCGAACAGCGAACGCCCAUCUCCCAUUCCUGAUUUGUAUAUGCCACCCUCGCCACCGUCACCACCCAUCCUGACCAGUCUCCCCCCACCGCCGAGACGGAAGUCCUCGAAUUCGCGGACAUCCUCUAUAUCACACACGUCUUCGACUGCAUCAACAAGAUCACCUCCUCAGGUUGCCAUACUACCCCUGUCCCCGGCCCGGAAAAAUGUGCGGCCGAAGAUAUCUGUUGAAGAGCGAUUGCACAGGCAGGCUCCUCUGCGAAAACCGUCGUUUCUGGAUAUCGACGAUGAGAUCGAGAGGGCUCCGCCGCCGCCGCCACCCAUGGCACGCCAGGACAGCUUCCUAGACUUGACGAGAGACUCAAUGGACUAUUCCCGCAGUGACGACGAUUCCUCAUAG